UCGGUAUUUUGUACUGAAUCAGCAAUGCUCAAAUCUGACCUGUCAGUUCGACUGUGGUAGAGAGAAAAGCAGAAGUGGAGUGGAAAGUGCAAAAUGGUUUUAUGCGGGAUUCUUCCUACGCGAAAGAGCAGGAUCUGUAAUUUAGAGUGAGGUUGACUGUGUUUCUCUUAGAAUGAAUUCGCAAACCUGUUCCGGAGCAAGUAGAUUCGCGGAUUACUUUGUAAUCUGCGGUUUGGAUCUAAGUUCUGGACUAGAACCAGAUCGUUUUGCUGGCGACAACUUGGAGUCAACACCUCUCGAGCGAUCAUACAAGUGCCAGGUGCUGGGACACUACCCGGAGUCAGUGCUGUGGAACCCUUUUGACAGGAAUGCAGUCGGCAUGCUGUGCCUGCCGCACGGCCUGCAGUUUCGCACGCAGAAGCACUCCCUGGAGCCGCAGUUCCACAGCUUCGUCAUCACACGAGAGGAUGGGCGCCGCAGCUAUGGCUUCAGUCACGUGUUCUACGAGGAAGUGCGCAACCGCAAAAUCUGCUCAGCCAUGCAGACCCUGCAGGCUCUUGUGUAUACAGGCGAUGCAUCUGACAGAGCUGUCAAGCAGUCAAGUUGGUAGUAGGAGUCGGCGAAAUCAUUCUUCUGGACUGGGACAUGACGCGCACAACACACGAUCACUUCCACGCCACUUCAAACUGUCAACGCACAAGCAGGGGGCAGCACAGAGCUACUAUGAUGCAGUUAAGGACACACUCUACGUCUGCAAGAGCAUAGCACUGAUAUGUCAGCUACCAUACGUGUAUGCUGCUCGCAAAUUCUUGGCUGGACUGCACAGGCUGGUAUCUGCUCCAUGCCCAGGACAACUCAGCAUUGAGAGCUAUGUACAUAACAUGCUAUAUGAAGUACCAACCCCACAGCCCGGACGGAGCGUACACUUUACGUGCCCUGUGGUAGACAGCGUCAUCAUUCAGCGGCCAGGCUCCAUUGAGGAACUGCCGCUAUUCGACUUUCCACUGCGAGAAUUAUUCACCCUCCUCGGGGUGGAGUGCUUUAUACAGCUGUUCACCUGUGUUCUUCUAGAGCACCAAGUCCUGUUGUGCUCCUCGGAUUACCAUCGUCUGAUGCUGGUAGCCGAGUCUGUGACGGCGCUGCUGUUUCCUUUCUCGUGGCAGCACGUGUAUGUUCCAAUCCUGCCGGCGUCCUUGCAACACUUCUUGGAUGCGCCUGUACCAUUCAUAAUGGGCCUGCACAGCUGCAGUGAGUCGCAGCUCAAGUCUGCAAGUGAGGCCAACCUGUGUUACGUGGACAUUGAUAGCCAGACCGUCCAGUUACCAGAGGAGCUGCCCAGUUUUCCCCAGCGUGCAGAGUUUGUGAGCGAGUUGGUAGAACUGCUCGCCAAGCACAAAGUCAGCAACGGCCAGGCAGACAGGAACCUCAGUGACUGCAUAUUACUGCCACAUGGUAGUAGCAAUGUGACAAACCUGAUGACCUCCAGCUGCACACUGCCGGGUGGCUUUGGUCCGCGGAUGCAUCGGAAGCACUCGUGGUCACACAACACAGACUCUGGCGUACCAAGCGGAUCUAAUGCCGUCUCUCCCCAGUCAGAUGCCCUGCAGCGCAUUGUUGCCAUCGUUCAGUGCACGGGUGUCUCGUUGGACGGCUGUGGGCAAGUAAAUGGCGUUGAGUGCGAGCUGCCUGAGCAUGAACAGUACAUAGAGGAUCUGCGAUUCAACAAUGCAGUGCGGGAAGUGUACCUGAACCGUUUUGUGUAUAUGUUUUCAGCGUAUGAGCACUUUGUCAUACAACCAAAUCAGGACAAGGAGCAGUGGCUGAAAAACAGAGACUCAAUGCAGAACUUUGACAAGGCCACGUUCCUUUCUGAUCAGCCUGAGCACCACUUGCCCUUUCUGUCGCGCUUCAUCGAGAGCCAGAUGUUUGCCACGUUGAUUGACAACAAGAUCAUGGCCAACUGGAGCGAGGUGGAGCCCAACUUGCGUGUUUUUGACCGUAGGAUACGCCUUCUCAGAAAGCGGUUUGGGGAGGCAUUGGUUCGGACUCCGGGGUACGAAACCUGCACUACCAUCAGGGACACAGAAUUGUUGCUGGAAAAGCGCCUGGUGUCAGUGGAUGCUGAGGUGGUAAGCCCCCAGGAAAUCCGGCAAGCUUCCGAUCCGCUACAGCACUCGGCACCUCCCUCCAAAACACGGCCAGGCAUAUUCCCUUUGUUGGACCCAGUCAUCCUCAACAAAGAGCCUGUUCACAGAUCUAGAAAAUGUAACACUAUGCAGUGGCGCACUCCUCAUCGUUAUCCCCACCACCGGAGUUCAGAGCGACGUGAAGCAGCAGACGCUCAGAGUGCAAGUGACAAUGCAGCAAGGACCGGAAGCACGGAGACCAGCAACGGGGUCGGUUUGCGGCAGCCGAAGCUAAGCGGUGGCAUGAGCCCUGCGCUGGUGGCUCAGACCAACUGGAGCUUUGUGGAGAAGCUGCUAAAGGACUGCAAAAGCAAGACAAAGCGCAUGCUGGUGGAGAAGAUGGGAACUGAAGCUGUGGAAUUGGGGCAUGGUAGCGGAGAGGGUUCGCUGGUAGGAGUGGAAGAAAACACGCUUAUCGCAAGCUUGUGUGACCUUCUGGAGCGGAUCUGGUCGCAUGGACUGCAGAACAAACAGGGUAAGUCUGCUCUGUGGUCACACCUCACCAACUACCAAGAGCUCAAGGUGUGUGAUGACACGUCAAAACCUAUCGAUCCCAACUUUCUAACGCCAGCCCUUGCGUGGUGCGUGCUGCGGAAGAGACUUGACUAUCUGUCUUCAAUGGCACUGGAGACGGAUUUCUCAACAUCCAGUCAGCAACAUGGACGAGAGACACACAAAUUGCCAACGGACAGCAGGCCACAGUGUAGCAACACUGCUCCCUUCACCCCUUCUAACUCGGACCAGCCGAAUCUGCAUCCCCUGCCUGUAUCGUUGACCACUGACAUGAGGAAUGUGCAAGCAAUGACAGACAUCAAGACCCACAUUGGUUAUGCACGAGCCUGGGUGAGACUGUCACUAGAAAAGAAGCUGCUGUCGAGACAUCUGCACACACUGCUCUCGGAUUCGGCGUUGCUCAGGAGCCAGUACAAGCGAUACGCGUUCCUGCGCUGUGAAGAUGAGAAGGAGCAAUUUUUAUAUCACCUGCUAACCCUGAAUGCCGUCGAGUACUUCUGUUUCACCAACACAUACACAGGCACCAUACUACCAUACCGUGUCGUGAUAUUCCCGUCCAGAAAGACAAGUGCUGCCACCACCUCGGCUAACUCCUGGGUUACAAUAUCGGGCACGCUCGGCGAAACAUCCCCAGUGCCUAUCCCCCGUGGAGCCCUGGAGUUUGUGUUUCGCCACAAGAAUCUUGGUAUCCUCACAACUUUGAGGAUCGGGCACGAUAACUGUGGGCCGUCCCCUAAAUGGAUGGUGGAGCACGUGGUGGUGCGGAAUGAGGUGACAGGACACAUGUACAAGUUCCCUUGUGGGCGAUGGCUGGGGCGGGGCAUUGAUGAUGACUCAACAGAGCGCCUGCUAGUUGGUGAGCUGGUGCCUUGCAGUGUUGACAGUGAGGAGCUCGUGGAGACGUGUCGCACGCCCCCACCUCGUUGCCACAGCCCCAGUGUGCCUCGCAGAUCCCAAGACGCUCGCCCUUCUGUGGCAGAGAUCCAACAUAUGCUGGGUGAUGCGGUGAACAGCAUCGUCAAGUUAUUGUAUCAUCGCAAACACGAGAAAGAACGUAGCAUGCUGACACUGCUCCUGUGCGGGGAGACAGGCCUUGUGUAUUGUUUGGAGCAGGCAUUCCUCACUGGUUUCAAGUCAACACGCCUGUUUGGACGCAACCUCUACCUCUGGGACUAUUUCUUGCGUGCCAAGGAACAUUUUGAAGCUGCUCUCCUAGAGACUGAUCCAGACAUGACUCGUAACUCCUUGGAAGAGCAGGUGCUGUAUUGCUACUGCCAUCUGGUUGAUCAAAUUGAAAGCUCAAGGCGCACGCUUGGCAAGGAUGGAAAGUUCCAAUUAUUAGUGUGCCUGUGUGCCAGAGAACACCUGCUGUCGCGGAUGCUGAGACCCCUGUCUGCGUGCCGCGUGACGCUGGAGAUGUACGAGGAGCAGUCGUUCAUCCGCAACCCAGCGCUGCUGACUUUCCUGCAGCAGAUCCUUGAAUCGCUGGAUGAGUUUGACAUCGUCCUGGAAAAUUCACUCACUCAGGGCAUCGGGGGAACCCACUAGAUUUUUUAUAUGUCAGAUGCCCUCUGUUCGUGCCAUACAAACAAUACUCAUUAUUUGUGUACUUGAUCUGACCUUUGAAGGCAGCUUCAAAUGCGUGAAGUUGCCUUCGCGGAGGUGGCGUGUGCAGCAGGCCCCUUUUACCUUAGCUAGAUGGCAGGUACGCGCAGACCUCAAGCAGAGAAUGAUAUUUCUGAAACUUUAUUGACAGGCCUACAUUCCUCGCAUCAAGGGUUUGUGUUUUGACCUGAGAACAGGGUCUGUUGCACGUACACAUUUACUGGAGCACAACUCAUAUUGAUCUGAUAGAAAUAAGGACGUUAGAAAGUUUGUGAGGGAAAAAACGUGCUUUUUGACUGAUAUUGGAUGUUGAAUUUUGUAUGAUUUUGUGAAGUCUCUCGUCAUAUUGCAGAUUUUAACAUUUUUUUGGUCGGGGGCGGUGAAUGCUUUUCCUGCCAUCUUGCCAGCAUUUUAUAAAAAUUACAUACGGACUUCGUGAGACACUUGCUGCUAUGUACUUUUAUAUUCUCUUCAGUUCUCAGUUUGUAUAUCGUUGUUUUCAGACGAACGCAGUUGGCGCUUAUUUCAUCAGUAGGAUAACUUCUUAGAUCUGAUUAGAGAUAUUUUAUUGAUGAGAAUAAAUGUUCGCGUGGAUAUUUUAGAGUAAAACAUGACAGUACUCCUACUGUCAAUCUUUUCAGUGUUUCAGAACAAGUUUUUAUGCAUUUAAAAGCAAACUUUCAGCACUUACGCUGUCCCAUUUUAUCCUAAUCUAACCAAGAAAACUAUUGCAGCUCCAGUACUUUGCAUUCGGCUGUGUCAGGGUUUUUUGCAGAUCAAAAUGCUUGGUGUAGAUUUAAAAAUUGGUGAAAAACACUAUAGUCAUGUCUGAAAAUUGAUCCAUCAAAAUAUAAUUCCAUUCUCAAGUUCUUUGCUUCCCAGGUUUUAUUUUAUUGAGAAAUAUUUAGAUGUGUAUGAGUUAAGAUCACAUUAAAGAUCUUGAGCUUCCUUUGAAAGAAUGUCCAGACUCUCAA